AUGAACUGCCGUGUACCUUCGCCGCCUUCGCCAUCGUGCUCCCGAGACCGAGAAGACCGAGAAGACCUUUUCGUCGCAGGCUUUGAGUGCAAGGUGUACAGCCAGCAGAACGCAUCCCGCUUCCGUGCGGAUUGCUGCUCACAGCCACAUCCUACGCUGGAGUCGGCAAUAGAACACAUGAAGACACGGUGCAAACGCGGAGGGGACCGCACUGACAAAGCUUUGCAGUUCGUUCUCAACAAGCUGGAGAGUGUGCCCGGCUUCAGCGUGAAAUGGGCGGAAGGUUCUGCCAGGCCCUUGCCUGGCGCAAGGAACCGUGUCUUCUUUUGGGGCGCUUCAUCAGACACAGGGCACAGCCAUGCCACCCAACUGCUCGCACAGUACGAGAUGAUUGAGACCUCAGUGCCGGAUGCCAUCUACCCAAUAGGCUCCUUUCUCCAGGAUGACAACACGUACACGGAGCUCCCUCCGGCCCUCGAGGAGACGAGCUCAAGUGUUGCCAAGUUCGAAGGUGACUACCACCAAGCCUUCUCCAAGGCCUAUGAUGCAGCAGUGGCCGCUGGAAAGUUGCCACAGAGUUUUGUGCCGCUGAAGAGGCAGGAUCGUGUCUCGAGCCGUCUUUCGGCAAGCCGGAGGACUCCGUGGCAGGCUGCUCAGCUCGACAUUUUUGCAGAGUAUGCUCGCCAUUUGGAGCGGGAGUGCCCCGAGCCACCUUUGUCCGUCGUCGCCGAUGUCAGCCAGUCGGCGUCUCGCAUGCACCUGUGGAUGGACGGACGAGCACCGACGUUGUGCACAGGAACGACGUUGUUCGACUUCCGGCAGGAGAAGUUUGUUAACCCUGCUGUUCACAUGCGCAUGCACGGCUUUCGUCAAUGUGAUCUAACGGCCUUGUCGGACUCUGACAUCAGAACUUUGGCCGGCAAUGGUAUGGCCACGACGAGUCUAGUUCGGGCUUUGCUGCCCAUCCUCAUGGCCUUGAAGUAUGUUGAGAAGUGUUGA